AUGGCAUCUGUGCCUCCUCAUCGUGCUGAGUCGCUGGCUCGUUCCUUCGACAACGCAAACCUGGACGGCAACUGCACAUUGGAGGAAGCCAUCGCCCACACCGACGGCAUGAAGAUCCUUCUCCUGGAGAAGCCAAUGGUGGUGAACAAGGAGCCCGGUUCCAUUAAGCUAGGCGAUUUGCCAGCUAAAAUGGAAAUCACCGACUCCGUGAAAAAGAAGACGCAGUUCCUCGACGUCAUUGCUGACCACGAAGGGCCUAUUGACUUGAAUGCGGUAGAGACAAUGUUCCUUCAACAACGGUAUGCCGACCUACCCGAGCCCGUGCGCAUGAAGGGGAACUUCCAGGCCCCCUACAACAUGCAGAUUUUCAUCAUCCCCAAGGAAGGGGGCAAGAAAGACAUCAUUAAGCACAUCAAAUUCCUAGAAGGUGCAAAGGUCCUCCACAGCUCCAUCAUCUCUAUGUGCCAGGGCGUUCCACUCGAGAUCGACUUGCAGGGCAAGUACCGCGAUGGUGGUCGAGGACUACAGUACAUGCUCGAGGGGCUGGGCGGCUUCCAGGUCCGCUACCAGAAGCUCGUGUCCGCCGGUGCCUCGAGCAAAAUGCCCAAAGAGACGGAGGACAUCCGCAAGGGCUUCGCCUAUAUCCGUCAGUGCCUCGCGGACCAAGGCUCUCAAGCUAAUACGAUCAAGGAGUGGCCUCUCACCUUCAAGAGCAUCACGCCGUGGGCUUUGAACACUAUCCUUGCACCGAUUCUUCCUCAUGUGAUGUCCCACUCCGUUAUCUGGAUUGGCAAGUCUCAGGUGGGUAAAAGCCCGGUGUCCUACACCCUCUCAUCUGUGGUGUCCGCAUAUUGGUUGAUUCAGGAAGAGAAGGAGGGCAGCCCUUGCUUUCAGACAUGCAACCACCUCGACUACUUCCGCAAGGAGAAGGGCAGGCGGACGAAACCGAGGGUGUUUGAUGAUGGCAACCUCAACCUGGAGCAUCCCGCAGGUGUUAAGGCAGUGACGGAGGUGGACGGCGUCGACAGGAAGACAAUGGCAAGAUACAACGCGUCCUCGUACGCGAAGAAUCAGCUAUGCCAGAUUUGCAGUAAUCCCUAUGACAGGACUGCAGAGCCGCCGAUGGACGCCAAUUCGACUCAGGACACCGUGACCUUCGAGCAGUUCUACAAGAUCGUGCGCCCCUCCUUCCACAGGGACUUCGAUGAAGAGGACCUUGUCGGUGUCUUCAAGCGAUCCACCUUCAUCGUCUUCACCGAUGUGGGCAUGUACGUACGUGUGCCAGGCACAGACCGCAAACCCGUUCCCCGGUAUGCCUGGCCAGAGCGGGAUAUUGGCAUGAUCUCUCCAUCUGCCCGACCCCUUUUGGCUGCCUACAAGCGCGGUAACCUCUCUCACUUGCCGGCAGAUCAUGACAAAGACAUGCAGUGGAGUUUGAACUUGCUGCAGGCUGCGCUGGAUGGCGAGGAGGUCCGCUAUUGUGCGACCACCCGUGGGAAAGAACUGUUCUCAGGAAGGGAGUACGUCAUUGAAGAUCGACCAACACUCGCGGGCAUUGAGGGCAAGACCAAGUACUACCUGGAUGCUGGCGCUGCCGUCGACGAGCCGCCCACUAAGAAGCUUCGAUCUGUGAAGUCCUCUUCCAACUUGCUCAAGGAGAUCAAGAACGAGAAUGCGCAGGAUGCCAAAGACGAGCCGAAGGACGAGGAUGAGCAGAAAACAAAAGAAGAACAGAAGGAGAACGAAGAUGCGCAGGAUGCCAAAGACGAGCCGAAGGACGAGGAUGAGCAGAAAACAAAAGAAGAAGAGAAGGAUGAGGACGUGCAGGGUAUCAAAGAAGAACCAGAGGAGACGCAUAAGGUGCGCAUCAAGCAAGAGCCAGUGGAUCCCUCCUACUUUUCCAAGCCAUUGAACCUGCGCCCUCUGGUGAUCAACCUGUCAGACACGUCUGAGGAUGCAAGUGACCCAGCCUCUGCACCGGCUGCAGCUGAUGCGGCGGACCCUGUGGAGAAGCUUUCUGACCCUACAGCUCCUCCAGCAGCCGAUGUGGUGGAUGAGACCAAGGUCCUUGCCGUUUGGGUGAAGCCCCACUACACCAAGCAGUACGACGUCAAGCUGCCGGACGGGAAGAAGGUGCGUGUGAAGAGCGGCGCCCAGAUCAUCGUUCUCUUGCGAAAGCUGAGAUCCGCACAGUUUGAAUACUGGCAUCGCCGCGCUAAUAUGUGGGAGGUGACCGGCCAGAUGCUGCAGGCACUGCACAAGCAGUGA